AUGGUAUGGGCUAACUUUGUCAAGAUCUUUAGAGAACAUCACAUUCCCAGCAGUGUUAUGAAGCUCAAGAGGGAUGAGUUCAGAAAGCUUCAUCAAGGUGGCAUGAAUAUGACGGAGUAUCUUCAUAAGUUCAUGGAGUUGUCUCGUUAUGCACCAGAGGAUAUCAAUGAUGAUGAAAAGAAGCAAGAAGCUUUUCUUGGUGGGCUUAACCCUGAAAUCAAGACCUUGGUUGAACUCACCACCCACAGUGACUUUAAUGCCAUGAUCAACAGGGCUAUCACCGCUGAGAGAAAUAGGAAGUCAGAACUCAGUGAGCGCAAACGACGAUUUGAAAGCAAGAAGCCCCAGCAGAUGGAGAAGUUUCAGAGGACUCAGUAUCCGACUCACUCAGGCCAGAGGAGCCAGGGUGCCUUCUCAUUUAAAAUGCACCCCGGUUCUUUCCAGAAGCCAGCCCAGUCAGCUCCUGUUAUGAAGACCCAGAAUAUCUCCCGCAUCCAACCGACUGGUGGAAGUCAAGUGACCAAUGUGAAGACCUGUUUCCACUGCCGCGAAGCCGAACAUUACAAGGCCAAUUGUCCAUAUCUCAAUCAGCCCGCCCCUUCUAUUUUCUCCAACUCUGUUCAAGGACCAAAGCAGCUGACGGGAGCCAACCGUACAGCACCAGCUAGGAGCCAACAGCAGUCCUUCAGCAAGGCAAAGGUGAACCAUGUGUAUGCUGAAGAAGCAGAGGAUGCACCAGGAGUGAUUUUCGGUAUGCCUCCAGAAAGAGAUGUAGAGUUCACUAUUGACUUAGUCCCUGGAACCAAGCCUAUAGCAAAGAAUGCCUAUCGGUUAGCAGCCCCAGAGCUUGCCGAGUUGAAGAAGCAGCUUGAGGAGCUUCAACAAAAGAGAUUUAUUAGACCUACUGCUUCCGUGGGGAGCCCCAGUGCUCUUUGUGAAGAAGAAAGAUGGAAGCAUGAGACUUUGUGUGGACUACCAUGA